GCCAUUACUUAGCGUCUUCCCAUUUCUGACGUCUCUUUGUUUACAGCACCUUUCGCUGCCUUCGACUUCGUGAAAGUCUCUCUUUUCCAAAUCGGCGAUAAGGGCUCCGUUUAAAGCAUCGAGAUGCCAAAGAUUAGAAGGGCACGCUCUUUGUCACUGGUAAAAAGUAGGACAUCUCCUUAUGCAGUCAGCAGAAAUCGCACCGAGUCAUGUGAAAAUGUUUGUUCAUUAGAAUCAGCUCAAAAUGUUAAGGAAUGGGAGCAAGCUAGGUGCCCCAUCUGCAUAGAACAUCCGCACAAUGCUAUUCUCUUAAAAUGCUCCUCUCAUGAAAGAGGUUGCAGGCCUUAUAUGUGCAACACCAGCUACCGCCACUCGAACUGCUUCGAACAAUUCUGUAAGUUAUAUGGACCAAUCCCUUUAAUUACCCAAUUGCAAGAAUUUCCUUUUACAAGUGUAGCCUCUCACAGACAAAUGGAUGAAUGUUCACCUGCUGUGCAAAAUGGUCUUGGUGGGAAUCAGCUUGCAUCAGAGUUGAUUUGCCCUCUGUGUCGGGGCGGUAUAUAUGGAUAUACGGUGGUAGAGCCUGCUCGACAAUACAUGAAUUCCAAAGUGAGGAGUUGUUCAUCUGAAACAUGUGAUUUUAGUGGAACGUAUUCUGAACUUAGGAAGCAUGCUAGGUCUGAACAUCCUUAUGUCCGGCCAUCAGAGGUGGACCCAGCAUGUCGCCAUGAUUGGGUAAGAUUGCAGCACGAAAGGGAUUUGGAGGAUGUACUUAGUCUUGUGCAGUCUGACUAUGCUGUAGGCAGUGAUGAAGACUUGAGUUUUACAAGGGCUAUUAGAAUUUGGAUGUCAUCCUUUGUAUCCGAAAUGUAUGAUUCACUCCUGGACUUGCUUUCAGACAAUAUGUUGGAUGCUUUGAGAGACUUAGAGUCAUUGCAGGAAAGAAUGGAGAAUGUGCAACGUGAUCUCGAUUCCAAUUUUUCUGCUGGAGUGAUUAACAAUUUGUCAAUGGAGACUAGGCCUUAUUCCCAACAUCCACAACGACGGGAUUUUAGAUUAUCUCAACAAAUUCCUCGAGCCACUCUGUUCCAUGGGCAGAAUCAAAGGCAAAGGGCAGAGGAGAGUACAUCCCGGUCUCGACAACUGCGUUGGCGGAGUCAGACAUCAUUUGGUAGACACCAAAAAUCAUUUGAGAGCACAUCACACCCCCAACAACCACACAGGCAACAUGGAAGCAUGUAUAAGAGUGUCCCUCGAGCUUCUAGGCUUCGUUGGCGAAAUCAAAGGUGUUCAUCAUCAUCAAACCACAAUGAGAGGUGAAAGAAUCGGGGUGCGGGUUUUGCAGAUGUUUCCAUUCCAAUCUUAAACUUCAAUUUCUCAUGCCAAUUGCCUAAAAGGAGAUUCGAAGGACAUUUCAUAUUCAUGGGAUUCUUUUCUAAUGGAAAAAGAACUGCAUUUACUUUAGCCAAGAAAUCAUGGGAGUAUUUCAGCUAUUUCCACGUGGUUUUUUUAUUUACUUAUCAUAUAAUAUAAAUUACCACAUGUACAGUUGGCACUUGAAGUUGACGUGGACUUGAAUGUCUUUGUCCAUACGUAUCUUAAGACUUUUGUUUCCAUCUGAGAUCUGAGAUCAUAUGCAUAUAAUUUGUUUA